UUCUUUCUUUUUUGGGGUCAAUUUUGUGUUUUUGUUGUUUGAUUUGGUUAAAAUCGAUGGGAUUGGAGCUGAGAUUAAGCUAAAAUGAUGGAAUAGCUUGAUUUUCAUUUUUUAGUAAGAAUUUGAUGAUUAAAGGUAGUUUUUUAAGGGUCAAAAUCAGUUUAGCUAGUGAAAUUGAAGCUUGAGCUAAUGAUUAUGGAGCAAUUAGCUCAUUUUUUAAAAUUAUUGCUGUUGUUUUUAUGAACACAGGUUACCCUAAUUAGAUUUUUGAAGAGAAAUGGGUCAGAUAAUUUUUUUCUCGCUCAAUGAAAUUAAACAUUCAAAAACUAAAAGUUUUGUAAUUUUAUAUGCAAUCUUCUACAAUAAUUCUCCAUUUCAGGAGACUAUGAUAGUGGACCUCUUGCCUAGUUUAUAUCAAAUCUUAUUGAUCUUUCUUUCUAUUGAAAUUCAACCACAUACGCCAUUAUUUUAGAAAGUGAUAAUUGAUGUAAGAAAUCAGGCUCAUGGCUUGUUUACUUUGUAUAUGUUCAUUAUAUCAGGAUUGCUAAAAGGAUUCAAUGUUUUCUAUCUACAGAGUACAGAGUGCAACCACAUUAUAUGAGACAGCAUUAUUAGAAACAUCACUGGACAUGAAGCAGUGCUGCUUUGGUGUGCGGAAAAAGCCUCGACAAGAACUGGGUAGUUUCUCCCAUGUCAAGAAUAUAAGGCUUUUCUCUUAUAAUGAGCUGCGAUCAGCAACUGGCAAUUUUCACUCGAGCAAUAGGAUAGGUCGGGGAGGUUUUGGAAUAGUCUAUAAGGGGGCUCUUCGUAAUGGAACACCAAUUGCAGCUAAGGUACUCUCGGCAGAAUCAAGGCAAGGGGUUAAUGAAUUUUUGACUGAGAUUGAUGUCAUCACAAAUGUUAAGCAUCCAAACCUUGUUGAGCUACUUGGUUGUUGUGUUCAAGAAAGCAACCGGAUUUUGGUCUAUGAGUAUGUGGAGAAUAAUAGCCUUGAUCAUGCAUUGCUAGGUCCUCGUAGUCGACCAGCUGAUCUGAAUUGGGAUAUACGAUCUGCAAUUUGUUUGGGCGCAGCCAGAGGUCUUUCUUAUCUCCAUGAAGGAGUUGAGCCACAUAUUGUGCACAGAGAUAUCAAAGCUAGCAAUAUUCUCCUUGACAAAAGUUUUCUUCCCAAAAUCGGAGAUUUUGGUUUGGCCAAGCUGUUUCCUGAUAAUGUGACCCACAUCAGUACACGUGUAGCUGGAACAAGCGGAUACUUGGCACCCGAGUAUGCAGUGCAGGGCCAGUUAACAAGUAAGGCAGAUGUAUAUAGCUUUGGGGUUCUUUUACUUGAAAUAAUUAGUGCUAGAAGUAGCUCAAAAGCAGCUUGGUCUGUAAAGGAGAAAUACCUCUUAGAAUGGACCUGGCAACUUUUCGAAGAAGAAAGACUAAAAGAGAUAAUAGAUCCAGAGCUCAAAGAGUAUCCAGAAGAGCAAGUCAUCAGAUACAUCAAGGUUGCUCUCUUCUGCACUCAAGGUGCAGCUGCAAGGAGACCUACAAUGUCUCAGGUUGUAGAGAUGUUAUCAAAACCCAUCAGGCUCAAUGAGAAAGAGCUGACUCCACCGGGACUUCUCCUUGACUCCAGAAGAACUGGGAGAGGGUUUCAAUUGAAGAAACUUGAUUCGGAUAACAAGGAUUCAUCAACGAUGAUGACUACUUUGCCGUUUUCCUCAACGUCUGUUACCUUCAGUGAGAUGGGUCCUCGAUAAGAAAGGAACAUCAUUGCAUAUAGAAGCUAACCAGAUCUAUUUACUGAUUUAUUUUUAGCCUGCAAUAUUUAUUGUAUAUUUAUGCAGUUGCUCAGAGCUGUAUUGGCUUGAAUUUCUCCUUCAACCUGUACUGGCUUGACUUGCUCCUCCAACCUCACGAUGUAAACAUCAAUGUGUUGGUUUCUUCAAUUUUUGAGCUAGCGGAGCACCAAAAAAUCUUCUACAAUUCAUAGAGAAUAUUUGUUUGUUUGGAAGCAAUACACAUGUAAAAAUUUAUGCUGAAAUAAAAUGCAAUUUUGUUUGCUGGAGCU